CAGCAGAAGGCAUUUUUCAGAACAUUUCUCCAUGUUUGAAUUGAUGUUGUCUCCACUGCAGUUAUCAGAAUAAAGAAGCUUGACGGCAUGGGAACGUAAGACUUUUAUUUCUGUGAGAUUUGCAAUGGUUGCUUUUGAGUCUUGGGGGAAAAAGUCAAUUGAGACAAACCUUUGAAGAUGUUUUAACAUGGGUCACUUUAUUUAUACGCUUGCUGUUCUGUUUCCUUGGCUCUUAAUGGAGGAGAAAAUGUAGAUGUUCUUCAUUACUAUUUAGCGUUUGAUGAAACUGGUGGGAGUGUGACAUGGAUUGAGUUGGAUUACUCAGCAGAUUUUAAGACGGACUGCAAAAUGGAUCAUUGAUUAAAGGAUCAGCAUGUUAAAAGGACACUAAGUAUCUCAGGAAGUGCCUCCAUAUAUAAUUAAAAUGCAGAGCAAGAUGCACAGACUUUGGGUAGCCGCUCACUUGGCUACAUAACUGUUGGGUCACUGGAUCAGCAGACCUAGGGAGAAGAGCACCACCUCACAUUUCUAAUGGCAAUGGCUGCAAGUGCAGGGGGUUUAGGACGAAGCCCUGAACCUGAUCUGUCCAGCUCUGCUGCAUCCCAGCCCCCCACCAGCUCUGACCUUAAACUCCUCAAUAAGGUCUUCAAAAGACUAGCCAAACUGCAAAUGUUCUGUACUGACCCACGGCUAGGUCUGAAGAAUAGUCCACCGUACCUACCUGAGUUGGUCUCGGAGAGUGCAAAUCUCCUGACGGAGGUAUGGGCUCCGUAUAAGGGUUCAGUCCCAGCCGUGCCACGGGAGAAUGAGGGGGAAUACCUGAAGAUCCAUGUCCGACACCUGCUGGACAAGACGGACAGGGCCAUCUUGCUGUUUAAAGAGGGCAAGGACAGGAUGUUUGAGGAAAGGUCUAGCUACAGGAGAAACUUGACAAAACUUACUCUGCUGUUCAGCCACAUGUUAUGGGAGCUACGAGCCAUGUAUCCAGGUGGUCGAUUUCAGGGUGAUAUGUAUAAGCUGACCAAGUCGGAGGCACAGGAGUUCUGGAGGACAGCAUUUGGAUAUAAGUGUAUAGUUCAGUGGAGCAACUUUAAGCAGCAGUUGAGACGGGUACACAACUUUGAAGAGGGAAUGGAGGCCAUGGCCCUGAAGUCGACAGUUGAUCUCACCUGUAACGAUCACAUUUCUGUCUUUGAGUUUGACAUCUUCACCAGGCUCUUUCAGCCCUGGUCAACACUGCUGAGGAACUGGAAUCAGUUGGCGGUGACUCACCCAGGAUACAUGGCUUUCCUCACCUAUGACCAGGUCAUAGCCAGACUUGAACACUACAGACACCGUCCUGGCAGCUAUAUCUUCCGUCUAAGCUGCACACGAAUGGGUCAGUGGGCAAUUGGUCAUGUGACCUUUGAUGGCAGCAUCGUGCAAACUAUUCCAGAGAACACACCUCUCUACCAGGCUCUAAUACAAGGAUUCAGAGAGGGAUGCUACUUGUACCCAGAUGGACGUGAUGUGAACCCUGACCUUACCAGCCUGUGUAUGGCACCUCAGAAAGGCUGUGUUAAGGUCACAGAGGAGCAGUAUGAGUUAUACUGUGAAAUUGGCAGCACAUUUCAGCUUUGUAAGAUCUGUACUGAAAGAGACAAGGACACACGCAUCCAACCCUGUGGACAUCUACUCUGUAAGCCUUGCCUCACUGGCUGGCAGAAGUCAGAUGGACACACCUGCCCUUACUGCCGCUGUGAUAUCAGAGGAACAGAGUCUAUCCUUAUCGAGCCAUAUAAUCCUACAAGAGACACAUUUACUGAAAAGAGAGAAGAAGAUGAUGAUGAAGAUGAAGAUGAAGACCAUGAAGAUGUGGAACUGGUCAUGAAGAAACUGGCCAUGAUGAAAAGGGCAUCACAAGAGGAGUACCAGAUACCUACUUCCAGUUUAGGACCUCCUCCGCUUCCUCCAAAACACUCCACCCCCUCCCCCUGCCCCUCGCCCAGACCUCACGUCAGGCCUUCCAACAGAGGAAUGCACGCCAAGGGCCUUGGUGGCUCAAAAACUGGUAGCAGUGAGACAUCUUCAGAAAACCAGCUAAAUCAAAGUGAAGCAUUCUCCAACAGUGAAGAGUCAUUUUCUAGCCAACCAUCAUCCUCACAGUCAGGCAACAACACUGCAGUGCCAUGGUUGGGACCUGCAACUUCAGCUAAAAAGACGAACGAGAAAAAAAGGGAGAAGAGAACUAAGGAGGAGAGGAGCGAGUCACACUUAUGGUUUCCAACAGGACGACACAGUCGAAAGGACUCAGAGAGACAUUUCUCAUCCUGACGAUAUUGCACAGAACUGCAGGAUACAUUAUGGAUAGAAAUGUAAUGAGAGAUUUUAUUAUGUUGCUCGCAUUGUUCUAAUAGUCUGUUCUCAAGAUUAUCAUCCUUGGAAUUACAGCCACAACAGUAGUUCAUGGCACAAUCAAACUAUACUGAUACUCACAUUGUGGUUAACUGUCUUCAAGUUUAAAUUCUACCUCACUGAUACUAAUAGUAGAAAUACUAUAAACUGCUGUACACUGUAUAAUCCAGAAUGUAACAGUGUGAUCUAGGAAUGUAAAAAAAUAUUGAAUCAACAUUUAUGUUACAGGGCAGACAGCUCAAACAGAAAGUCAGAUUGCAGGUUUGUUGGCAUUAUUUAGCAAAUAAAACAAAAUGUAACAAUGUGCAGAUCAACUCUUGAUAAUACACAUUUACAGCAUUGUCUUAAACAGUAUAUUUACUAUGUAUAUCAGGUAGUUUGAUUGAGAAAGGCUAAUAAUGAACACCCUUGCAACAGGUAACAGUUCUAGAAAAUUCUAAAGAUCUUAAUAAAUUGCACAUUAUCAAUCUCA